AUGACAGAUAAUACCAAAUUAAAACCACAACUAAAAUAUUCUUCCACACUUGGGUGUAUUGUUGAAUCAAUUUUUACGAAAAAAGAGACAUGCAUAAAUAUUUACUUAGACAUUUCGAAUGUAAUUACAAAAAUUAAAUCAUCAAAUGGAAUCACUAAAGCUAUUUGUAUGUAUAUUUUACAGCAAUGUUUUGGAAAAAACUUUGAAGUCGAAUCAGAUAUAGAAGGCUUAUAUGAAGAUGAAGUUUCGGCAUCAUAUAUAUAUAAAGAUACAAAUUUAACUGAUAUUCAAAAAAUUGAUGAUAUUUUUUCUGCAAUAAACAAUGCAUCAAAAGAAGUAAAACAAAUUAGCAGUAAUUUAUACAAUGACGAUGAAGAGCUUGUAUCUGCUAAUAUAUUUCAAAAUGGUCAAAGAUAUUUUAAUAUUGAUCAAUCUUUAGAUUCUGAUUUAUUAUCAAUUUUAAAUAAUGGAGAUAGUAGUAAAUAUACUAAAGUUGAUCAACAUCAAUUACAUGAUGCAUAUUGUUCCAAACCACUUGAACAAAAGUUUAAAUCAAAGGCAUUAAGCUCUACUAGAGUUGAUAUACUGAAUUCUAUUAGUUCAAAUAAGGCUAGUCAUUUAGUUGCAUAUUUUACAAAAAAUAAAAAUUCUAAACAACAAUUUGUUAAGCAAAGAGAAAAGCAAUAG